AUGAUGGACGCCAAUAGAGCUGAAAUGGAACUUGAAAGUACAAAAUUACAUAGACAAUUAACUGCAUUUCAAUAUGAAAUAGAAAAUAUACGAGCUAAAGUUCAAAAAUUAACUGAUGAAAAUGAUUCUCUACGACGUGAAUUACGACAUAGUGUUGAAGAGCGUCUAUCAGGCAUUCAUCCAGAUACUUUCUUAAGUUUAAAUAAUGAUUCUAUUAUUGAAAUACAAAAAAAACAAAUAGAAUUAUUACAAGAAGAAAAAGAAGAGACAAUGAAAUUAUGUGAAGAUAGUAGACAAACAAUCAUUAAACUUGAAGAAAAAAUUGAAGAUUUAGAACAUCCAUUGAAACCACAUUUAAUUAGACUUGAUAUGGAAACUAAACAGGCACAAGAAGAACACGCUCGAGCUGAAGUACAACUUAUACAAGAAAUAAAUAUGAUACGUGAAGAACUCACAAAACGAAGUAGAGAAUUUGUGAAUUGUCAAUUACGUGUCAAAGAAUUAGAACGACAAAAUGAAACACUUCAAGUUGAAGUUUAUCAAAAACAAGAUGAUUUGCGUAAUUAUUUAAAAAAAGAGCUUGGUUAUGAUGGAGCUUUUGUUGAAUUUCAAAAAGUUGAACAUGCUGUAAAAGAAAGAGAAAAUGCUAUACAACAACGAGAUGAUAUGGAAUCGAAACUAAAAGAUUUAACACAACAAAAUCGUUCUCUACAAGAAAAACUUGCUGAAGCAAUCGAUGAAUUACAACAACAUGCUCAUGCUCAUACUACAAUUGCUCAUCAUACUCAUGAUAUUGAUCAUGAUCGAUUUGAACAUGACCGAAUGCAUCGAACAAUUGAUGAACUUAUAGAACAAGCAGCUGUUAAAACACGUACUGCUGUUGAAGAUGUACGACAACAAUAUAAUGAUAAUUUAGAAAGAAUAAUGGAAGAAUAUAAUAAUAUGGAAGCGGCAUUAAAUCAAAAACAAAUUGAAUUCGAUAAAUGUUUAAGAACAAAACGAUCUGUCGAAGAUGAAUUAGAAAAGAUUUUACAAGAACGACGUCUUAACUUAGAAAAAAGUGCUUUAGAUAAUGAAGAUUUAGCUAAACGAUGUGUUCAAGCUGAACGUGAACGAGAUGAUACACAAUUAAAAUUUGAACAAAAUCAUCAAGCAUUUAAAAUGCUUCAACAAUCAUAUGAAGCUGACAAAAAAAAUCAUGAACUUAAACAAAAAGAAUUAACUGAACGAUUACAAAAAGUAACGAAUGAUCUUGAUAAAAUGACUCUUGAUUAUACAGCAACAUUUAAUGAUUUAAAUGAAUUAAAAAAAAGAUUAUCAUCAACACAAAAUGAACAAACAUUAUUACAAAGACGAAUGGCUGAAUUAGUGAAAAGACAUGAAGAACAAAUAAUUGAAAAAGAAAAAGAAUGUCUAGUACGUUUAACACAAAGAGAUGAUGUCAAUCGAGUAACAUUUAAUGAAUUACGUAAUUUAGUUAAUCGACAACAACGAAUGAUUGUUAAAUAUAAAGAAGAAUGUCAUACGAUAGCUAGUCAAAGUGAAACAACAAUAAAUGAGUUAAAACAAAAAAUUGAUAAGUUACGUUCACGUAAUGAACAAUUACAAUCAGAAAUUGGUGAUGUCAAACGAAAAGACGCUGAAAUGGAUCGAAUACUAGCAAAAAAUUCAAAACGUAUCAAAGCAUUAGAAGAACGUUUACAUGAUGCAGAAGAACAAGCUCUUGAAGCAUCAAGACGAGUUGCUAAACAAUUAGUACGGGAUCGAUUAGCUAUAACACAAGGUGAUCAUUAUUCAUACUCACAUAUGCGACCUAAUCAUUCAACUUCAUUAUUUAAUUUAACAGCACUUAAACCACCAAUUGUGCCUUCAACAACAAUGACGGAUAGCAUUGAACAUUUUCCUGAUGAAAAAUAA